UUACCGUCAACGGAAAUGUUCGCUGAAGGAGCCUGUUUUUAACUGAUUGAUGAAAGGCAGCUCGCUGGCUAGCUUGUUUUGUUUUGUGGCUAACUUAGCUAGCUACUUUAGCAAGCUGCUGAAUAGAGGCUCGUGUUGGAAGUCUAUUUUGGACCAACGAACGAUAAAGGUAGUCACCAUGCUAUAUGUAUCUUAAAAUUGCAGGCGAGCAAAUAAAAACACAACAGGCUUUGUUGGAAUUUGGGUGUCCAAAGUAACCUAAUCAGCUAGCUUAUUGAAAACAUGACCACUAUUGUCCUGUCUUGGACUGUCUCUGUAAGUUUUGUUCCGUAACUCGCUGGCACUUCUACCUUCGACUGUCAGAAACAUCACAUUUAAGAAGAUACGUGCUUUGCAGCCAGACAUAAUAUGUUAAGAGGAAAGUAACUUGGGUUGUAUCAUGAGAACAUGAUAAGAGCAGGAUGACGGUGUCGCUGGAAAGCAGAUAUGUUGUAACUCUCUGAACUCCUGCAUCACAGAUCAGAUAAUGGGCACAUUUUUUGCAGGCUUUUCUAAAGAGAUCUAAACCCAUAUAGCAGUUUAUCAUCCAAGGACAUGGCUGCUUCACCAGGGUCACUGCUGGAGCAGUUAGUCAUAAGAGGUUUGAAGCACCCUGCAGUUUCUCAGAGGAAUUAUUUUACAGUGGCAUUAGAAGAAGUCUGGAUCUAAUUUUUCUGUUGAGUGGGCUGUGCUGGAUUUGGGUGCAUGGACAUUGUGAGGAUGAGUAUGAACGAGAAGGGGGCUUACCUGGUGGACCUCGGGGGCAGCUUCACUGAGGAUGCCCCCAGACCACCAGUGCCGGGAGAGGAGGGUGAGCUGGUGUCCAGCACUGAGCGGCAUUACAGCCUGGGUUUUUACUCCAUCAAAUGUGAGAGCCUUAAGAACGAGGGCUCCACAGCCACACCCAGACGGCCUGACCUGGACCUGGGCUAUGAGCCUGAGGGCAGCGCUUCGCCCACGCCGCCCUACCUGAAAUGGGCCGAGUCGCUGCACUCGCUGUUGGACGACCAAGAUGGUAUCCACUUGUUCCGCACGUUCCUCAAGCAGGAGGAUUGCGCCGACAUGCUGGACUUCUGGUUUGCCUGCAGUGGUUUCCGUAAGUUGGAGACCAGUGAGGGCAACGAGGAGAAGAAGCUGAAGCUGGCAAAAGCUAUCUACAAAAAAUACAUCCUGGACAACAAUGGGAUUGUGUCGCGACAGAUCAAACCGGCCACAAAAAGCUUCAUCAAGGACUGUGUGAUGAAGCUGCACAUCGACCCUGCCAUGUUCGACCAGGCCCAGACUGAAAUUCAAACCAUGAUGGAGGAGAACACCUACCCUUUGUUUCUAAAGUCUGACAUUUAUUUGGAAUACACCAGGACAGGCGGGGAGAGCCCCAAGCUGUACAGUGACCAGAGCUCUGUGUCGGGGAAUGGAAAGGUUCUACCGGGCUACCUACCCACGUUGAAUGAGGACGAGGAGUGGAGGUGCGAGCAGGAGCCUGAGGAGCACCCCCAGAACGACCCCACGCCCAGCAACCGGCUGACACAGCAGCUCCUCUUGGAGACUGCGCCUCAACGAGUGGCCAACAGCAAGAGAUACCACGAUAGUCGAGAGUACAGGCAUGCGCCAUGGAGGGAGCCUUUCAACCCAUACUACGUCAACACAGGGUACGCUCUGGCCCCCGCUACCAGCGCCAACGACAGUGAGCAGCAGAGCAUGUCCAGUGAUGCCGACACCCUCUCUCUGACAGACAGCAGUGUAGAUGGUGUCCCACCUUAUAGAUAUCGUAAACAGUCUCGACGCGAGAUGCACGAAAGUGCCAAAGCUAAUGGGCGAGUGCCACUACCUCAUAUUCCUCGCACAAACCGGAUGCCAAAGGAUAUCCACGUGGAGCCAGAGAAGUUUGCAGCCGAGCUGAUCAGCCGGUUGGAGGCGGUGCUGAGGGAGCGUGAAGCGCAGGAGAAACUGGAGGAGCGUCUCAAGAGAGUCCGGCUGGAAGAGGAGGGUGAUGAUGCAGACAUUUCCACAGCACCGUCGCUAGCCAGCCACAGACUGCCACCUGCUGUCCAUGUGCAGCACUACGCUGCACGCUACUCAGACGUGAGCUACAAUGGGCUUGCGCUACGUGACGCUCACGAGGAGAACCCUGAGAGUAUCCUGGAUGAGCAUGUGCAGCGCGUCAUGAAGACGCCAGGCUGUCAGUCACCAGGCACGGGUCGCCACUCACCCAAGUCGCGCUCGCCAGACGGCCUGCCCUCAGCCAAGAUGCCAGGGUUGCCGAUGCCGCUGGCAGGAGGCCAGGGCAAGCACCAGGCGCGGCUCGGGCUCAAGAAUGAGACGUCGCAUGUUUACCACCACAAACACGUGCACCACCCACAUCACACCAUGGGCAGCAAGCCGAAAGAGCAGACAGAAUCAGAGGCUGCAAUGAGAGCCCAUGGCGGCUUUGCCUGGAACAUGGAGCAGCACCACUACGGAUCCAAGAUGCGUAAUUACGCUGACGGAAUGGGCGCUGGCCCCAGUGCUAUAGACCCUAUGGGUUACGGCAGCAAAGGUGGCACCCUAUCAAAGCGAACAUUCAAGAAAGGAGAGGACAUGCGGAACUAUGAGAUGCGAGAAACUGUGCCUUCAGAGGAGCUGGACAGAAACCAGAAGAUCCUGCAGUGGAUGAUGGAGGGAGAGAAGGAGGCGGGCCGCUACAAGAAGAGUCCCUAUGGGAGCAUCUCAGGCUCUAAGAAGGGCCAGGGCCAUGAGCCAGGUAGGCCCGCUUCUGUGGAGCGACCGGGGGCUGUACACCCAUGGGUGAGCACGCAACUCCGCAACAACGUGCUGCCCUCGCAUCCAUUCAUCCAGGACCCCACCAUGCCUCCCAACCCAGCCCCCAACCCUCUCACACAGCUAGAGGAGGCUCGCAGACGGCUUGAGGAGGAGAAAAAGAAAUCCGGAACCCUGCAGACCAAGCAAAGACACAAGGCGGUGAAAAAGCAACCAUGUGAGAACAUCACUGUGGCCUAUUACUUCUGUGGCGAGCCCAUCCCAUACAGAACUUCAGUAAAAGGGAGGAUUGUCACGCUGGGACAGUUCAAGGAGCUGCUUACCAAGAAAGGGAGCUAUAGGUAUUAUUUCAAAAAGGUGAGUGAUGAGUUUGACUGUGGAGUGGUAUUCGAGGAGGUACGCGAGGAUGACGCUAUUCUGCCCAUCUUUGAGGAAAAGAUCAUCGGCAAAGUGGAGAAGAUCGACUGAGACUGAAAGGGGAGGUGAUGGAGGAGAGGGAAGAGGAGGAACAGUAGGGGCACUGGUGCCGUUUAGGAGGAGCUGCUCAGCAGCUGGAAAGAGAGAGCGAAGAGGAGGUGCUGAGAGAUGGUACUGGGUACGUGUAUCUGCUGGAGGUGGCGAGAAAGAGCGAGAGAGAGAAAGAAAAGGCAAGCAAGAGAGGGAGAGGAUGGAUGAGUGGGAGCACUAUGGGAAGCACGCUAUUGACUCCAAGGCUUCUACCUCCGCACUAAAGCCUUUUCUAGUCCCACACAGCUGCCCUGUGCUACCGGUCACCACGACAUUCAGAGAGCCUUCGGACUUUAUAAAGGAGCAAGGCCACAUACUCUCACUCUUUUUUUGGUAUAUUUCUAACUUUGACAUGUAAUGUAGCAAUGUAAAGUUUGACUAGAAUAAAAAAGAAUUACUAUGAAAUAUGUUUACUAAAGUAUCACAUAUUUUUGAUAUGACGUAUCAGAAGGAAGGUAUCCUUUCUAAUGUAACAUCUCUUGUAAUUUUAUAUGUACUGGUACCAGAUGUGUACAGACUGUCUGUUUAAAACAAGAAAAAAGAGAAAAAGUUUUAUAUCUAUUUAAAUAUUUAAAUGAAAAAAGCUAUUGGUUUAAUCUUAAAGCUGUGGCACAGAUCCAGUUUAAGAAUAUCGCAGUUUUCAUAAAGUUCUUUUGCGCAGGUGGCCUGAUGAAAACUAUGAACCAUAGCCCGUGCUCUACCAAGUGCUUUUAAUCCUUAAACGCAAUCUUAUCAGUUCUCCACUCGGAGUGGCACCGGCUCGUGCCGCUCUUUCACCGCGUUAUGCAUUGAUCUCAGAGGGGAAGGGAAAAUCUAAAGAUGUUCUUGAAUGGUCAUGCCGUUAAGAGGGUUGUAGUCUGACCUGUGACUUUCUGUGCAUCUUGAUUAAUGUCUCAUGGUUUUUUUUUUACCUACAGCUGCUGCCCAUAAAACUGAAUAUGUUCCGUCAUAUGCAAAAGUUUGGGCGCCCUGGUCAAAUGACAUGUUUAUUUUUUUAUUUUUUUAUUUUUUAUUUUAUUUUUUUAUUUUUAUUUUUUUUUUAAGUGAACCUAAGUACACAUCCUCUACAGAGAGCACGCUUCUGUACAUUUAAGACUCGGUUACUAUUUAAUUGUUAAAUUUAACAUACUGGAAAAAAUAAAACCUAAAAUGAAACCAGUGCAAAAGUUAUGAUGUAUCUUAUAUGUUAUGUUUAUUUUUUCCAGCAUGAUAAACUGAGCAAAUAAAUACAAAUUGUGACUAAAAUUGUGAGAAAAAUGUCAUACUUAAGUUUGUUCCUUGUAAAACAGGGAUACCCAAUCCUGGUCCCAGAGAUUUACCAUCCUGGAGAGUUUUGUCUUAGCAAAUCUUCAAAUAUUCAGAUGCCCCUGAAGGCCUUCAUUGCCUGGAACAAGUGUGAUAGAUUAUGGUAGGAGCAGAACUCUGCAGGAUGGUGGAUCUCCAGGAUGAGGGUUGGGCACCCCUUGUUGUAGAGGACGUAUUAACUAAUUUUCACUUAGAAAAUCAGCAGAACGUAAUUUGAAAGGGAGUGAUCAAACUUUGCAUAUGACAGUAUUAAUAAUCCCCUUUUCAUCUAGCCUGCAGCAUGCAGACGGGACCUAAGAAUGCUUCUAUCAGGCAUUAGUUAUGUAAAAAUAAAAAAACAAAAAAACAAAAUGUAAGACGUACUUGUAACCUUACGCUAAAUAGCACAUCAGCAAUUUGUAACAAAACUAUUUUUAUAGGUAUUAAAUAUCAAAAAUCAGCAUUUUGGGGGGGAUAUGGACAGGUGUACUCUGUUGCUGUCUAAGUGCUUGCAUCAGUUUCAUAUCAGAUUGUGUUAGCGUGGGUGGGAAGGGAAUCUGUUGGGUCAGUGGGGGCUUCCGUAAGUGAAUGUGUGUCUAAUGGAUAAAAAGGUGAGGGCUGUGUGGCCUAUAAAACGAUCAUGUUUACACUUACCUUAAUGUAUUACAAAAAGAGAACCGAAUAACGAAUUGUAGCUUUUUUAGCUUAAUGCGGCUGAAUUUGGUGCCUGGCAGGAAUGGAUU